AUGCAGCAGCAACUUCACCUGCUGCUGCUGCUGCUGCUUGUGUUACUUGCUUCUGCAGCUAACUGCCUCCGUACCCAACAAAAGGGGGCCCCCAUCGGCUACGGGGGGGGCCCUGGGGGCCCCCCCUGCCUUUUUCUGCGGAGGCAUCCAACUUGCUGCAGCAGCAGCUGCAGCAGCAGCAGCAGCAGCAGAGCCGGACAGCCGUUGCUGUCACGAGGCGUAGCAGCAGCAGCAGCAUUGACUCCAGCUGCAGCUGCAGCAGCAUGGCCCCGAGCAGCAUCAGCAGCAGUGGGACAAGCCCCAACUACGGCGUCCAGAGCAGCAGCAGCAGCAGCAGCAGACGCAGCAGCAGCAGCAGCAGCAGAGGAGAGGCUGCUGCGCAACAUCGCCAUUGUGGCUCAUGUUGAUCACGGCAAAACGACCCUUGUGGAUGCGCUGCUGGCUUUUGCUGCUGACCAGCAGCAGCAGCAGCAGCACAGGAAGCCGGCGAUGGAGCGGCAGCUCGACAGAGAAGAACUUGAGCGCGAAAGAGGCAUCACUAUUACAGCCAAAGUGGCUGCGCUGACUCUGCCGCUGCCCUUCCGCAGCAGCAGCAGCAGCAGCAGCAGCAGCAGGGUUGGUCGCAUAAACAUUAUAGACACUCCGGGGCAUUCGGAUUUCGGGGGCGAAGUCGAGCGCGUGCUGCACCUCGCCGACGGCAUUCUUCUUGUUGUUGAUGCCAACGAGGGCCCAAAGCCGCAGACUCGCGUGGUGCUGCAGAAGGCCCUGCGCGCGGGGCUGCGUGCUGUUGUGGCCAUCAACAAAGUUGACAGGCCCACUGCUAAGCCAGAGUCAGUUGCUGCUGCUGCUGCUGCUGUUGCUGCUGCUGCUACUGCUCAGUUCUCUGAGGCGGCUGCAGUGAGCGCUGGCAAUGAUGCUGCAGGGAGGUGGCGGCUCGCGUUUUUGAUCUUUUUCUGCAGCUCGAUGCAUCUGAUGAGCAAGCAGAUUUUGAGGUGA